CCAAGUAGUCUCCAACCGGUUUCGUCUUAUUUUUCCAAAAAGUGAAACCUGCUUCCCAACCGGUUUCCUUUCCGUUGUAGUUAUAAAAAAAAACCUAUUUCGAGUGGCUCCUUCCUAGCAGUACUGUGUGUCCUCAUGUUAUCAGCAAGCAACUUCUUUUGCUACUUCUGUCCGAUCAUAAUCUCCGAACAAGUUAGUUCAAAGUCAAAACAGAUAUCCAAAUAUCACCGCAGAGGCUUAAAAUGACUACAGCAAUAAAAUAUGUCGGGGAAUUAGCUCAACAAGUACAAGCAGUUUUUGAAGUUGGAAACAUUACAUGCGGUUUAAUUGGAAAACUCUGGAAAUUUCCCAUAGGCAUUGAUCAGAAUGUAAAUAAUCUGAAGAGAAAAAGAGACCAACUAAACAAUCAGAAAGACGACGUGGAAUCAAGAAUCAUAGCGGAGUUGCGUCCGAGAAAGAAAGUCAAGAAAGAAGUGAACCGGUGGCUUGAGAACGUCCAGAGGAUAGAUGGGGAAGUACAUAACCUUGAAUCCAAAGUUGAAUUUAGCAGCUUCUUCUCUCGUGGAUUUCUUGUGAACAAUGUUUGUUCCAAGGAAGAAGAAAUUCAACAACUUAUUCAGCAAGGCCGUCAAUAUCAUGAAGAUUUGGUGGUUGAUAAUCCUCCACGGAUCGGACAAGAGUUGCUGGCACCAAAUUUAUUAGGUGAAUCUACGAGGGCCCGUUUGGAAGAGAUUUGGUGGUGUUUGAUGGAUGAUGAGAUUCCAAAGAUUGGAGUUUGGGGGAAGGCUGGCGUGGGGAAAACAAGCACCAUGAAGGUUAUAAACAAUCAACUUGUAAAAGAGAUUGCGAUGUUCGAUACUGUGAUUUGGAUCACUGUAUCCAAAGAGACGAGUAUUGCUAAACUACAGAAAGACAUUGCAAGUCAAAUUAAAGUAACUUUUUGCGGCGAUGAAAGUGAAACAAUAAGGGCAGGAAUGAUCUCCGAAACAUUGUCUCGAAAGAGGUUUGUGAUGAUCCUGGAUGACAUAUGGGAGAAGAUUUCUCUUGAGACGGUAGGAAUCCCUGAGACGUCUUCUGGGAAAUUAAUGUUGACAACUCGAUCAUUUGAUGUGUGUCGACAAAUGGGUUUUAAAGAAAUUAAAGUAAAUCCUCUUGAGGAAGAAGAGGCAUGGGACCUGUUCUUGGAGAAGGUGGGUCGAGAUAUUCUAAAUAUUCCAGGGGUGGAAUCAAUCGCAAAACAAAUAUCUGAGCGUUGUGCGGGUUUGCCUUUGACACUAAUUCACAUAGCUACUUCCAUGAAGGGAAUUGAUAACCUUUCUGAAUGGGGAAAUGCACUGAAGGAAUUAAGUGAAGGCAAAAACAGUGUUGGUGGACUCGAAGAUGAAGUAUUCCAACAAUUGCGAUUUAGUUAUGAUCGUAUAACAGAUCCAAUUCUUCAAGCCUGUUUCUUCUACAGUACAUUAUGCCCCGAAAGCGCCAGGGAAGAAGAUCUUAUUCGACUUUGGAUUGCAGAAGGGUUUGUGAAAAAAAUGGACAGCAGACAGUCAGAGUUUGACAAGGGUCGUGCAAUAAUCGAUAGACUCAGAGAUAACUGUUUCUUACAAGUGUGUACUGAAAGGGACGAUGGAAGAUCGGUCAAGAUGCAUGCUCUUGUAAGAGACAUGGCAUUACGUAUGAUAAGUGAAUUUCCUCAGUACUUGGUAAAAGCUGGCAUGAGACUAACGGAGCCACCAGAUGUGCAAGAAUGGAACGAGGAGCUUGAGAAGACUUCAUUGAUGAAGAACUGGGAGUUACAGGUUCUUUACCCUUUGAAUAUGCCACCCCCAAAGUGUCCAAACCUCGCAACACUUUUGUUAUCUGAUUGUGAUAUAAGGAGUAUUCCAGAAAACUUCUUCAAACACAUGCAGAGUCUCAAGAUUCUUGAUCUUUCCAGAAAUCGUUCCAUCAAGAGUCUCCCAAGUUCUCUGUCAAAUUUGAAGAAUCUCAUUGCAUUACUGCUUUCCGACUGUGGAAGUUUAGAGAAUGUUCCGUCGUUAUCGAAUCUUCAAGUUUUGGAGGAGCUAAAUCUUGAAGGAACGAACAUCAUGGACCUCCCUCAUGGAAUGCAAAACUUGUUAAGUCUUCAGUACCUUAAUCUGAGACAAACUCGUGUGUAUGAGAUCCCGAAUGGAAUGUUGUCAAGAUUUUCUUGCCUUCAGAACUUGAACGUCGGUGACAUAUUGGUAAGCGGAGAAGAGGUUGGUGGAUUGAAGAAACUUGAAAUCUUUGAAGGGAGAUUUUACGAUUUGCACAACUUAAACACGUAUGUCCAAGUCUUAAAUGGUCGAGAACAGCCUCGUGAAUAUGCCAUUCGGGUGGGCAGGAGAAAAUGGUUUCCACAACGUAAAACAAGAAAGUGCAUUGAAUUAAGUGGCUUUAGCAUCUACGCAGAUCAGAUUAUGCUUCCAAGUGACAUCGAGGAAUUGUAUGUCGAUGAGUGCAAUCUCCAUUAUCGUGAAGAAUACACGCUUUCCUCCAGGUUUAUCCAAGCCUCACUCGGCUCCUUUUCCUCUCUUAAGUUUCUGCAAAUAUCUAAUUGCAGAAAUAUGAAGAAGUUGUUCUCUCCAAACUCCAUGCCGCUGAAUUUAGAACAGCUUACUGUUGAUGGGUGCCAUAAACUGGAGGAAAUAAUAGCAUCAGAAGUUGGACCGAUCGCCCAGGAAUUCCGCCUUCGACAACUGAAGGUAUUUUCGUUGUGUCAUCUACCAGAACUGAAGAGAAUUUGCAGUGCCGAUGGAGCAAUGGUUUGUGAUUCUCUUGAUGAAAUUUGGGUAGUAAAUUGUCCCAAAUUAAGAAGGAUGCCUCUUCAUCUUCCCCAAGUCGAUAAUGUCGGGCCAUCUCCAAAUAUCUCUCUUUCCCUUAGGAUAAAGCCAAUGGAGUGGUGGGAAUCAGUGGAAUGGGAUCAUCCCAAUGCCAAGUCUCUUUUGGAGCCAUUCUUGACUUUCUGGUAGGAUCAAGCUGGUAACCUCUUUGUAGAAAGUCGGGAGAGCAGGUUGAGUAGUGACACUGCCAUUGCUUUUAUUUUAUUUUAUUUUUUUGU